AUGGAGAGAUUAGCGUAUUGUCACGUGCCACCCGGGACACCGGCGGCCAUGCGGUCUCGCGUUAUUUUAUGUUGGGCAGUGGGCCAGAGCCGGCAGUAUAUAACGUCGAGACGAGAAGGCGUGGCCAAUCAUUCGUUUAGGAUGUAUCGCAUUACAGUAGUGUCAGUGUCCUUAGUCCUGUUAGCGGUAGCAGCAGCGACGGCGGCAACAGCCGCCGCGGUCGCCCAGCAAGCGACCGGUGACAACGGUGGCAGCAACCUCUUGGACAGGGUGCUGGAUAAGUGUGCACUGGGACCCGGAGCGGUUAGUUGUUUGAAAAGCAACGUGCUCGAUUAUCUGCAAGACGGCGUCAGGAAAGGCCGAAGCACAACCGGCGCUCCCGAAGACAUGGACGCGGAGCUCAUUCGGGCCGCCGGCGAGUACGUUGGCCGGCAGAUCGGUUAUUAUGACGGAUUGGAGGAGUCGAGAGCCGAGGACGGCCAACAGCAGCAGCAGCAGACGACCACGACCACGACGGCUAGAGGUUUGGACAUUUUAACUAUUUACGAAUUUCUAAAGGUGGUGCGAUCCGUGUUAAGUCUCGGCCAGGCUCUGGCCAAGCUCAAAAGAUCCGAACUCACCAUUGCGUUUAUACCAUUUGUAGCUGACAUGGAGAUGGGCAUGAUGCAAGACAAGAUGCUCAUGCCACUUAUGAUGCUCAUGAAGAUGAAAAUGAAGAUGCUCAUGCCGAUCAUGAUGGCUAUGGUCAGCAUGAAAGCCACCAAGGCGCUGAUCCUCAGCAAAGUCGCCGUGCUCCUGGUUCUCGGGUUCCUGGUCAAGGAGUUCCUGAAGAAGUCCGGUGGUAUUCCCGGACUACCGUUGCACUUGCCCGGUAUGAUGCCCGCCGCUCCGGAACCCUCGUCCACAGUCGGACCUCCGAUGUAUGGUCCGCCACAGUCGUCCGGUUACGAGUCUUCGGCCUCAUGGGAACCCACCGGAUACUCGUCCAGCGCCGGACACACAUCCGAUUCCGCACACUCGAUGGCCUACAGCAGUUACCUGCCAUCAUCGUCCUCAUCGUCAUCGGCAUCAUCAUCGGCCUCCAAAUAUUCGUAGGCGAUUAUCGCGUUCGUCUUAAUUUAUUUAUUAUUUUAUACUAUCUGGCAGGUAUAUAUAUGUAUAUAUAUAUAUAUAUAUAUAUAUAUUAUUACAGCUCAAUUAAUUUAUUUCAUAAUAUUGUUAAAAAGAAAUUCAAAAACAACAAAUAUAUUUAUUAUAUUUUCGUCUUAAAUGUCGUGAAUUUCUAUAAAAUAUAUUAUUAUCAACCUGUUUUUUGGAGGAAAAGGGGGGUAGAGGUUGAAUUAUCAGAAUGAAAAAUUUAGGAAAAUAUUACACGACAAUCUGAAAAAAAAAAUGUACUUUCAAAAUCUAUAACAGUAAAAAAAUACACAAUAUCUUUUACAUUAUAUGGAAAACUAUGGGCAAAAUAAAAAUGACAUAAAAAUAUUAUAAUUUUCCACUAUUAUUGAAAACAAAACAUAUUAUAAUGUCAUUGCACCAAAUCCCGACUUUAAUUAUCAAACUAUCAAAAAAAAAAAAAAUAGUAUUAGUAUGUUCACUAAAUUACAGCGGGUCGAUAGCCGAGAAUCAAUAAAUGGUCUCAGGUUAGUACAAAGUUUUUUUUUUUUUUUUUAUAUCGUGAAAACAAAUAUGAACUUUGUGUAAAGUCUACAUACAAAUAAACUAUAAGUUAUUAUAAUAGUGCACAAAGACAAAUAAGCAAACAAAUUUUAAAAAAGGAGUGCAAGUUUACAUUAUUCAUUAUACGUUAUAUAAUACUAUAUAUUAUACACUUUUUACAAUUUUUAAUUAAAUUUCUUAUAUUUAAAAUACUUAUGUUAGAUUUGAAGUGUAACGAGGAAUCUACUGGUUUUUUUCUGUCUGUAAACGACUUUUCGAAAAUAAAUUUUGCUUCGAUGUGUACAAUGCAAUAUCUUGUCUGAAAGGAAAUUUGGUCUAGUUGGUGCAUUUAACAAGUCAUUUUUUUAAUUUUCCAAAAGGUUUUUAAAAUAGUUUGGAAAAAAUUGGGAGAAAAUUAUUGGUAAAACCGCAAAUUAUAACGACGGGCCGCCACGACAUUACUGUUUCAUUGUUUUUAAUUUUUACGACUUUUUUUUCAACAAGACAUAUUGCUCCAAACGAAAAAUUACAAGAUAUUGAUUUUAUUCCUUUCAAUAUAUAACCACUGAAAGAUACAGUUGUUUUUUCAUAUCUACAAUAUUUAUCAUGAUAAUUGGAAAAAACCAAAAAAGACGAAAAAUACGAUUUUUUUAGCACGGCAAUUUCAUUAUAUUUUAAAGCUUAAUGGCUUAUAUUUUCUACAAAAAAUAUAUGCUCCAAUAGAGAAAUAACAAGAGACCUUUUUUAAUUAAAAAGAUAUCAAUCAAAAUGUAUUUUACAAUAAUUUAUAUAAAUAUAUAAUAGGUAUUUAUAAUUGUCAUACAGGAUAUACGGUAGAUACGGCCAUAUACCCGCGUAUCACCGAUUUUUCAUAAGUUUUACGCCAUUGAUAAAAAUAGUGUAUUGGGUAAACGUCGUAUACCCCCGAAUACCCCCCAAUAAACCAUUGACAGUAGCCAUAUCCGUCGACAGUAUAAGUGUUUUUUUUAAAUCUUACUAGACUUACUACUGAGUAGGUAUUAUUAACAAAGAAGCUAUAAUAGUUUAUACAAAGAUGUAUUUUAUUUUUCGAAAAGCACUAUUUCAAUUGGCUUAGUUUUUUCAUGUACUGAACUUUAAAAGAUAUUGAUUUUUUACUUGACAUUUUCGGUAAAAAUUAUUUAAGCUCUUUCGAAAAAUGAAAAAAAAAGCUGACAACAUGCCUAUGUCAAUGUAGCGUUUUUAAUUUUAAUUUUUUUUUGCAUUCGUAAAAUUACUCAUAAUUCUAUCAUUUGAACCAGUUAAAUCUAUCGAUAUGGUGAAUAUUUAACUCGCGAUUUCAGUUCUGAACUUCAAUUAACCAUUGUUAAAAUAAUAAAAAACAUUUCUUACAAGUAACGAUAGAUUUUUUUUUUAUUGUUAUUAUUGUUUUAAUCAUGAGUCAGAAAAGUCGGUUUGUCUUUUUUUUUUUUACAAAGUAUUUGUUCAUCUACCAAUCGUUUCUUCAAAAGGGUUUAAAGCGAGGUAAUAAAUUAUAACUAAUUGUAAUUGUAAUUAAUAAUUAAAUAACACUUUAAACCUAUUUUUGUUUUAAAUAUAAAUAUAAUAUUGAAUAUG